AUGACUAACUGCAUAUUUGUACUAAUUGACAACCACCCAUAUGGCAGGUGGAUCUCAAACUUUUUCUUCAAGCUUCAGGCAGGCAAGAUUUUUAGUGGCAACUAUUUAGCAACAGCCCAAAACCUCAAUUCCAAGCCUCACAAAAUCAGAAACAGAGAACCAGAUAAACAAAGAGAACUUCAAGCUGCAGAAAUGACCAAACCCAAAACCCUUCUUUCCUUCGCUCCCCACUUCUCUCUGAUCCUUCUCGGUGCCCAGCUCUUACUCUGCGACGGAGUUCCAAUUUUAGGCAUGGAUUCACUGAAAACCAGUGAAAUUGGAGUAAUGCCAGGAAGGGUCUGCGGUGCAAUGAUCGGAGAAUGCUUGCCGGCGGCAGAGGGGGCAGAGAUGGACUCCGAUACCAACAGGAGGGUUCUGGCAAUGCGGAAGAAGUACAUAAGUUAUGAGACGCUGAGGCGGGACAUGGUUCCUUGCCAGAGGCCGGGAGCUUCCUACUACAAUUGCCACGCAAGGCAGGCGAACCCUUACAAUAGAGGUUGUGAAAUGAUCACAUAUUGUGCUAGAAAUGUCAGAGAUACCAAAACCUGAAAGCAUUGGAAAUUUCCCUCACAAUGAGGGGAUGGAUGUGCUUGCACUAUACCAGUAUGAAGGGAUGUUCUUCUGCACUCGAUAUGAAUUGUCCUCCUCCGGAACGUUAGAAUCUCUUCGAGGCCUGAGAUUGUAUAUGGAGCAUGAUUCAUUUUUGUUAGGUGGGAUGUCACAUAAUUAACUUUACCAGCAUGAAUGACAUAAUUGGACAUUUCACGGCAUGUGAGUUUAUGUCUUUAUUGGACAUUUCACGGCAUGUGAGUUUAUGUCUCUACUUUU